GUGAAAAAAUGCACAUUAUGUUUUUAUUCCUCUUAAAUAUAUGGUUUUGGGACACAAGUUACGUCCCUGAAUAAUACGGUACGUUGUGUCGACAAUCGGGUAGGGGGGGACUACUUUCCGUUGAGGAGGUGAGCGUGCGUGUGCGUCUCGCGGUCGAGACCUCGCGAGAGAGAAAAUGAAAUCUGAAAUGGUUACUGCCGCGCUAUGACCCUAAAAAGCAAAUGUUUCUCUUUGUCUGUGAGUGAAUAAUAAACGAUUGGUCAGGCGAAAUGGAGGGCAGCAUGACGAAGAACGAGACUGCAAUAGCACCAGAGCUGUACUUCCUAAUUGCCAAAUUCUUAGCGGCGGGACCUUGUCGCGGAGCCGCAGACGUGUUGAAGCGUGAAUUGGAGCGAGCUAAGGUUUUGCCCCGAAGACUAGAUUGGGAAGGGGAUGUACAUAAUCAAACCUUUGAAGAGUUGGAAAAGAAGUAUUCUCACAUUGGAUCAAAUCAUUUAUUACAAAUAUGUGCCAGAAUUGGACCAGUAUUGGAGAAAGAGGUGCCUCCAUGUAUACCAGGAGCAAUAUCUCUUUUAGGAGCUGGCAGACAAUCUUUAUUACGUACACACGAAGAUGUCCAACGUCAAGUGCAUGGCAUUAUUUCAUAUUCUGGCAGACGAGGUGGAAAACCAUUUUUGGAUUCACCUUAUAGUUUAUCGGUGCCUAAUAUAGUACGUGUACUUCAAGGCCGGGAGAAUUCCGGUCCUCUGAGUAGACGAGAGGCAAUACCAACAAAGUUUUACAAUAAAAUGCAGUUAUAUAGACAUACAUUAGGACAUUUAUCUGCAGUAUAUUGUGUUCUUUUUGAUCGUACUGGAAGAUAUAUAAUCACUGGUGCAGAUGAUUUACUUGUUAAAGUAUGGAGUUCUAUAGAUGGACGAUUAUUAGCAACUUACAGAGGAGCAUCUGCUGAAAUUAUGGAUAUUGCAGUAAAUUUUGAUAAUACUCUACUUGCUGCUGGUAGUCUAGAUCGAAUGCUAAGAGUUUGGUGUUUUCAAACUAUGUCUCCUGUUGCAGUUCUAUCUGGACACUCUGGUAUGAUUACAUCUGUAAAUUUUUGUCCUAUAUCUUGUAAUGGUGUAUAUUACUUAGUUUCUACAAGUACAGAUGGAUCUGUUGCUUUUUGGUCUCAUACAAAAAAAAAUAAUGAAAGAGCAGUUUUUCAACCAAAACCAAUUCAGUACCAUGAAAAAAUGCGCCCUGGUCAAGCACAAAUGAUAUGUGCUUCAUUCAGUCCUGGUGGAGCAUUUAUGGCUGAUCAUCAUGUUAGAGUAUAUGCAAUGUUAGGAGAUGAGGGUCCAUGUAGAGUUUUAGAGGUGGAAGCACAUUCUGAUACAGUUGAUAGUAUUCAAUGGGCACAUAGUGGCUUAAAGUUUAUUUCUGGUUCUAAAGAUGGUACUGCAAAUGUUUGGCAUUUUGAACAACAACAGUGGAUGUAUAAACGUUUAUUGAUGACAACAAAACUUCCUGGAGAAUCAGAAACAGAAGAUGAUUCUAACAAAAAAGCUAAAGUGACUAUGGUUAGCUGGGAUGUUAGUGAUGAAUGGGUUAUUACAGCUGUAAAUGAUAGUUCUCUCAAAGUAUGGAAUGCAAAAUCAGGUGAAUUGGUGAAAAUUCUCCGUGGACAUAAAGAUGAAGUCUUUGUGUUAGAAUCACAUCCAAUAGAUCCUCGUGUUAUAUUAAGUGCUGGGCAUGAUGGACAACUUAUAAUUUGGGAUGUCCUAAAUACAGAACCAAUAGUAUGUUUUCAAAAUUUUAUUGAAGGACAAGGUAAUGGUGCUGUUUUUGAUGCAAAGUGGUCUCCAGAUGGGACAAUGUUAGCAGCAACAGAUUCUCAUGGGCAUCUUUUAAUAUAUGGAUUUGGAUCUGGUGUUGAAAAACUUAAGAUAGUACCCAAAGAGUUGUUUUUCCAUACGGAUUAUAGACCUUUAAUGCGAGAUGCAAAUAAUUAUGUUUUGGAUGAACAGACACAAACUGCACCUCACUUAAUGCCUCCACCAUUUUUAGUAGAUGUUGAUGGUAAUCCUUAUCCACCAGCAUUACAAAGAUUGGUCCCUGGAAGAGAAAAUUGUAGAGGAGAACAAUUAGUACCAAAUAUUGCAGUAGGCGCUGGAGGAAUGCAAGAGGUUAUAGAAGGUCUUCCAGCUCAGGAACCACGGUCCAAUAUCGAUCAAUUAAUCGAAGCUCUUGCACAAAGACAAAAUAUUAAUGCUGAUGCAGAAAGUGCAGCUGAUGAGAGAGAAGAAAAUGCAGCAGAACAACCAGUUCGUCAAAUGGCUAGUCCUCGAGGCAGUAGAUCUGGCUUAAGAAGAGCUGGUGAUGUUGAAGGUGUACGACAAAGUAGUGGUAAUUGGCAAAGGGAUAAUACUACACCUUGGAAUAAGCCUAUUCUUGCUCGACCAAUGAAUCUAGCUGUUAGGGAAACACAAUUUAAAAUUUUGCAUGCGACAGCGGAAAUGGAACUUGAAAAUUUAAAACGUGAAAUGCGAAAAAGGCCACAACCAGUAUCAAAUACAAUCAGUACUGAAGGUAAUAUAGGUAGUAGAAUAGCGAAUCGGAAACGCAGUAGAACUACUAGACAUGGCUACAGAACUAGAGCUACACGUGGUGAAGAACAAGAGGAUGAUGAAUUUGAGAAUCCUGAUAAUGCGGGAACAACAGGAAGUUCAGCUAGUAGUAAUAGUAAUGAUUCUACUGCUCAUGAAGAAGAUUUGUGUUCUGAUAGUUCAACAUCAGAGUCUAGCACUGAAUAUUCAGAUUGGAUUGCUGAUCAUGGUUUAAAUUUAGAACCACCUAAACGGAGUAAACGUAAACCUGUAAAAAAACGAUCUCUUACUCCACCAAGUGAUAUGGAUAGAAGACGUAAUAGACGACCUAGAAAAAAGGACAUUCCGUUGCCUACUAGCAUCGAUGAUAUCCCAGAAGUUUUUAGACCUUCAGAAUGGCUCACUGAAAUAAUACCAAGGAAAGCUCCUUAUUACCCACAAAUGGGUGAUGAAAUAGUAUAUUUUCGACAAGGACACCAGUUCUACUUAGAUGCCGUUAGGAAUAAAAAGGUAUAUGAACUUGGCCCACGAUGUGAACCAUGGAAUAAAGUCAAUAUUAGAGCCCAGGAAUUUGUAAAAGUAGUAGGUAUUAAAUAUGAAAUACGUCCACCUCGGCUAUGUUGUUUAAAAUUGGCACUAAUGGAUGAAGAUGGAAGAUUAACAGGAGAAAAUUUCACUAUUAAAUAUCACGAUAUGGCUGAUGUUUUAGAUUUUUUAGUUUUACGUCAAACAUUUGAUACAGCUUUGGCACGUAGUUGGUCUGAAGGAGAUCGAUUUCGUUGUAUGAUUGAUGAUGGCUGGUGGAUGGGUCAAAUACAAUCAAUGGAACCUUUAGAUGAAGAUUUUCCAGAAUCUUUUUUUAUGUGUUUUCGUGUCAGGUGGGAUAAUGGAGAAUAUGAAAGAAUGAGUCCUUGGGAUCUUGAACCAAUUGAUGAGAAUAGACUUCCUGCAGAACUUGGAGGAGCAGUUCCUGUGCUUCCAGAAGAGAUACAAACAAUACUAUAUCAACCUCAUGCUGAAGAAUGGCCAAUGGGAGAUAGAGAAGCAACAUGUCGCAGAAUUAUACGUGGAUUAGAUCAAGUGAUGAGCCUCGCGAUUGCAGAACCAUUUAUGGCCCCUGUUGAUCUCAAUGCAUAUCCUUCAUAUGCAUUUGUUGUGGAAUAUCCUAUCGAUUUAACAACCAUAAAAGCUCGUUUCGAAAAUCAUUUCUAUCGGAGAAUAACAUCUGCCCAGUUUGAUGUUAGAUAUUUAGCAACAAACGCGGAACAAUUUAAUGAGCCACAUAGUCAAAUAGUAAAACAUGCAAGAAUAGUUACCGACUUAUGUUUACGUAUUAUAAAAGAAACUACAGAAUUAGAUGUACCAGCCAUUUAUCAUCAACUGGUUGACACAUACCAUUCUUCUGAAUCAGAAGUCGACGUAGAAGAUGCAAAGGAUAAACCAUCAACCAGUACUCAGAGAGCAACUACAAGUAGAAAUAUAUGUUCACAAGAAGUAUCCAAUGAUUGGAAAGUAGCAUGUCGUCAAUUAUUAGAAACAUUGUGGCAAUGUGAGGAUUCUAUUCCCUUUAGAGAACCAGUAGAUAGAUUAGAACAUCCAGAUUAUCAUCAAAUUAUAGAUACACCAAUGGAUUUACGUACAGUAAAAGAAGAUUUAUUAGGUGGAAAUUAUGAAACUCCUUUAGAAUUUGCCAAAGAUAUGCGAUUAAUAUUUACAAAUAGCAGAAAUUAUAAUACUAAUAAGCGAUCAAGGAUAUAUUUAAUGACAAUAAGAUUAUCAGCAAUGUUUGAAGAGCAUAUGCGAAAAAUUAUUUCAAAUUGGAAAUCUGCUAGAAGACGCAAUAAUAAUCCAAAAAAUACAAAGGGAAAAGGUAGAAGGGGUAAAGUUCGGUUAACAAACGGCACGGCACCUUCAAAAUCAAAAUCCGCAUGUUCUGACGAUGACGAGUUAAAUAGUGAAGAGGAUGAUGUUGAUUUAGAAGAAGUAGAAAAAAAUAAUUCUAAUGUAUUUGCACCAGGGCCAUCACGUAUGACAAAUGGACACACAAAACGUUCUACUAAUGCAACACGACCUACUUUAAAACUUCGAAUUUCUAGAUCUACAGUACCUAAAAAACCAAAAGAAAGUGAAAGUGAAGCUAGUGACUCAGAAGCUUCCACAGAAAGUGAAAGUAGUGGUAGUGUACCUGUAAGAAGGACACGAGCAAGAAAAAUGGUACCUAGUGUUAGUGUCGAUAGUGAUUCUGGAGAUGUAUAUACACCCACUGGACGUGGAAAACAAACUCGAAAAAAUCGUGCAAAAAAUAACAGAAAUAAUAAACAAGUAAAAUCAAAAUCAAAGCUAAGCUUCUAUGAAAAUUCAAAAGCUGUUAAUUAUGAAGAUGAUGAAGCAUCUACUGCAAAUGAGUUAUCAGAUGAAGAAAGCGAAGAAGAAGUUAUUAGUAGAAGCAGAACAAGAUCACGAAAAUUAGCCUCUACAUCCGAACAUGAGGAUAGCUUAAAAAGUACAACAAAAGCUGGAAGAAAUAACAUUGAAAGUCAAAGUGAAGAAGAAGAGGAAGAAGAAGAAGAAGAGGAGGAGGAAGAAGAAGAAGAACAAUCUCAACAUGAAAUUAAUAAUCAGGAUACAGAUAGUGAAGAAUCAGACAAAGGUUUCGUAUCAUCAAGAUCACAAAGAAGAAUUCGUGCAACGAGAGAAAUACAAAAUCAAGAAACCGUACAAAAUUCAAGGAGAACUGGGAAACGACCUCGCUAUAAUGAAGAAAGUGACGAGAGCAAUACGGUUCCAGUUAGGAAUCGACGUAAAAUUAAGCGUCGAUAUUAUGCGGAAGAAAGUGAUGAAAGUCCCGAACCUGAAAAUGUACCACGUAUUAGUAUAAGUAGUAGAGGACGUGUACGUAAAAUGACAGAACGUGCACGGGCUUUUCUUUUAGAUUCACCCUAACAGC